UUGUGAGCAAGAUGUCAAGUGGACUGGUGUGCCUCCAGAUUCUCCUCCUGUGCCUCUUUGUGCAGAAAAUUCACACCGACGACAAAAAUAUCACGAGACUGUUGAACAAUCAACUCAUUGUGAGCAGACAAAUAAUGUGUGUCCUAGAAAAGAGUCCCUGCGAUCAACUUGGGCGACAACUGAAAGCCGCCCUGCCAGAAGUGAUCCUGAGAAACUGUCGAAAUUGCUCGCCGCAACAGGCGCAGAAUGCCCAGAAGCUGACGAACUUCCUGCAAACCAGAUACCCUGACGUGUGGUCGAUGCUCAUCAGAAAAUACCGCGGAGGCGUCUAAUGGAACGAAGAAAGAAGCCACAGAAGCGCAGCACAAUGAAUCAAUCAUGACUUAUCAUUAGUGGAAAUUAAUUUUCAGUAGCAAUUAAGCACUUCUCGUGAUUUCCACCAAAUUAUAGUGAGAAUUCCUACAAUUAGUAGAAUUGAUUUGUCUUCCCCAGAAAUGGUAGAUUGUCAGCAUAUCUAAAUUGUCUUGUCUAGCAUUGGAGUUUAUAUAGGCAAAAAUUGCUGAAGCAUUUUUUAACUGAAUUAUCACACAACGAAAAGAAAAUGAUCAUUAGCAUGAUUUUCAAUCACAAAUAGCACUUCAUUCUUUCCAAUUCCACUGAAACUCUCUGCGAUGGGCAAUGAAACGAGUUCAUUGUCAUUUUUUCAUGAGGUUGGCAAGUGAAUUUAUAAAUAGCAGAGGUAGAAAAGAAUAAGAGAGAAGUUUUUGUAAUAAUUCUUACACGCCGAGUUAUCAAUUCAUCAUGAAGGCAGAAAUUCAUUAUUCCUGUUGACCUCUUUUUACCUUUUCUCGUUUCAAUUUAGUGUAAUGCUGAAAUGUGAAGAAUUAUGUAUUCCAGAAGGAAAUUGUAGUGUCGUUAAAUAAGUUGUAUUAUUGCAUUAUAGUGUAAUUAAUAUGAGUGUGUAAUUUUCAUGGAAGACAACAUAAAAGUAUAAUCAUGUCAUAAGUAUAAUUGAAAAAAAAAGAAAUAAUAAAUGU